AUGCUGAAUAAAACUAGAAGAAAAAAACGUGAUGCAUUCAGAGAUUAUGAAGGACAUGCGAAAUUCACUUGUAACGUGGCUCUGCAUAAGCUCAUGACUAGUUCUCAAGAGGAUUCUGAAAAGAAAGUAAAGACGAAGAAUCAUGAUGAGAAUAUCUCAGUUUCUCGACUUAUGUAUCAUCUUAAGACUUAA